AUGAAACAAUGCCCUCCGGAGUUGGUGGACAUCGGUAAGCAAAUCGCAGAAAAAUGUAAAGGACUACCACUCGCGAUUGUCACAAUAGCUGGCAUUCUAGCAACGGAAGACAAGACACUUGACGUGUGGGAGGAAGUUGCCAAAAAUUUCAGUAUGACCAUUGCCAAAAAACAGGAGGGCUGCAUGGAGAUACUAGAACUUAGUUACAAUCACUUGCCUCUUCAUUUAAAAGGGUGUUUUCUUUAUAUUGGAGCACACCCCGAAGAUUAUGAAAUCCCCAUACGCGAGUUGAUAUGGUUAUGGAUAGUAGAGGGAUUUAUUCAGCAAAGUGAGGGGGGGAAAAGCUUGGAGGAUGUAGCAGAAGAUUACUUAAUCGGUCUUAUUGAUAGAAGUCUCGUAAUGGGUGUUGCAUUUCAUCCCGCUACAAGCCCAGGAAUGAUAGAAAUAGGAGAUCUAGUUCAUUUGAGAUACUUAGCAACUAGGUUAUAUAGCUGGUGGGGCGAAGCACUAGAAUGUUGUUUUCACUACCUCUCUAAUGUAGAAACUCUCAACCUCCAAGCUUCAUCAAACGAGGGUACGAUUCCAUUGCCUCGCAAUAUAGUUAAGAUGGUUGAGUUGAGGCAUUUAUACAACAAGGGGAAUCUGUUGGAUAGCUUACAGACCUUGCACGGAAUGUGUACUUGUGAGCAUUGCCUCCGUUUCUUGAAAAGGACUCCCAAUCUUAGGAACCUAAAACUUAUUGACGGUCUGCAUUUUGAAGGGGAUGAUGUUUUGACACUCCCCGGCCUGGAGUUCUUAAAAUGCCUUGAGACACUAACUGUCAUUACAAGUUCCAAGAGGCUGCGCGUGACAAGCACUGGUCUGAAGUUUCCUCCGACUCUUAUGCGGCUAAAUUUGUGGCGUACGCACUUGAAGUGGGAGGAGCUGUCAAUAAUCCUCCAAACCUUGCCAAGGCUUGAGGUUCUCAAAUUAUUAGAGGGCGCUUGUGUGGGACCAGUUUGGAACACAAGUGAACUUGAGGGGUGGUUAAUUAUCUCAACUCAAGUACUUGAGGUUAUAUCAUCUGGAUAUCAAGGAGUGGAAUGCUUCUGA